AUGCUCAAACUACAAGUUUAUAUUGUGCCCCCGAAUGCAUUGAAACCAAGAAAUGCGUUCUCUGGCAUCAAUGGGUCGGCUAACAACAUGGACAUGAGCGUGAUUCAAAUGCAAUCUCAGAUGUAUCCUGGUUCCCAAUCUCAGUCGAAUGCCUCGUAUUAUCCAAAUUUCACUUUGAAUGGAUCCAGCACGCCGCUAGUUGGCGGCUACGCAAAUUUGGGAGCGCAAGGACCUAAAUAUCAACAACCCUCAAUUGCAACUCCAUACGACGGGACUAAGAAAUUCCUCCACAUCACUAGAAGUUCAAAUACUCUUCAAGAGGUUUGUGUUGAGAUUCAGGAGAGAUUUCUCAAGCUGUAUCCAGAUGAGGAGCCAAUAGCUAUCAGCCAAAUUCAGGAUAUCAACGAAUGUGACUUAGACCCGGAUUAUGUGGUAUCCAUGAUUUUUGAUAAUGGAAGUGUUGUCCGCGUUCUUGUGGACAGCGACUUUCAUGAGGAAAGAGAACACACCAUCAAUGGUAAACGUCAUCUUCGCAACGAUUUGAACCAGGUGGUGAAGAAGCUCAGACCUUCUCAAACACAAAAUGUUUGGCAGAGCGCCAGACCUGCCCCUCUUUUGGAAGCAGACGAGAACACGCAUCAAUCGAACUUGACAUUGAUCUCACCAGAUGACGGCAAAAAUGAUGCCACUGUAAUAGUGGAGCCAAGAAAACAAUUGAACCCACGAGUCGCAAGUCCGGUGGUUGCACCUGGAUCUCCAACCAGAAUUACCUCUGGUAUGCUCUCUACGCAAUUCCAACCAGAUUUGUCCAAAGCGAACGAUGAUCAUACAAAGGAGGAUGAAGCUAAUCAGAAUGAUGAUGACGACGACGACGUUCUUACUGACAGUGACCAGUAUCAGAGCGACUCUAACAAGAGUACAUCGUCUUCUGUGCGCAAGAGACCUAGUGUUCCGACAAAAGCAGACGUGAUGAACAGAAUUGCAUCAGACCAAAAGAGAAGUCCUUUGCAGCUUACAGACAUAGCAAAUUCAUCUUUAUCUUCCAUUCCUGCUCAAACACCAACCCCCGCUAAUGUUGUGUCGGCGUCCUUCAAAGGUGCAAAGCCUAUGAAGCCUUCUCAAGUGACCAGAAAACUGAACGAUUCUAUCAAGACGCCGGAGACUGCCACAGCAGAAACUAGUACAACCGAAAAAGCAGGUGCCAAACCAAAGGCUCGGAAACCUAGAGCAAGCAAAAAGGAUACGACUACAGAUAGUGUUCAAUCUCAAUCAGAGAACCCUGCUCCGGAAGCCAAACCACGCAGGGGACGUCCACCAGGAAAAAAGACGGAAAAGAAAGAGGAUCCGAAAGAGAAUGAGAAUCAGAAGUCAAGCGAUAACCCAAAGGCAGAGGAGAAGCAAAAGACCACAAGAAAACCAAGAGCAAAGAAAGAUGGUGCCACUGUGAACACUACAAAUGAGCCAGACUCCGAGAAGACAAAAGAAGCUACGGGGAACACAAAGGAGACGGUCGCAGCAAAGACGAAUGCUAAGACCAAAACUCCCGCCAAAACUCCAGCUAAAGCUUCGGUCAAAGAAGGAGCUCCAGCUUCCUCUCAAGAGAAGAGCGAGUCAAAUAGCAAUUAUUCGAAGAACCAGGUGAUUGGUCUUUUGAAGACGGGAAUCAAGCCAAGGACCAAAUCGAACGAUAACAACGCUACGAGAAGAAAUGAGAUCAGUCCUGAUAUAGACGCGCAGCACAUUAUCACACAACCACGUAAGCGGUCCAAUGGUUCGCUGGACACGACCGAGAAACCGGUUGUGACUGCAUCGCAGCCUAUUGUUUCUCAGGCUGCGGAGAGCGAGUCUGAAUCUAGCGAUGAGGAUGAAGACGACGAAGUGGAAAAAGAGCCAGUAAAGCGUCCCAGAGUAGUGAAAGCCCCGAAGGCAUUACUUGGGAACACCAGCGGACUUUCUUCACGCAACUCGUCAAUUCUAAAUGGCAGCCAAAACUCAGUGCAGAGCCCAAGCACCGAAGAUGGCCGGGUUGUUCCUAAACUUCUGUCGCAAUCGCAAUCGCAGCCCUCUUCGCAGUCGCAAUCGCAAACCCAGAAGCUGACAAAGAGCAUCUCUUCGCUACCUAAACUGUCUCAGCUGAUGGACAGAGGGCUUCCUGACGUUAGAGAGACUAGCAAGACGGAGAAGUCUGUAUCGCAGACACAAAAGACACCGGUCCAAGAAUCUGAGAGCGAAACUGAUUCGGAUGACUCUGACGAUUCUGACGACUCCGACAUGGACUCUGACGAUUCGAAGGACGCUACAUCUGGCGAAGAGGACAUGGGUUCUCAGAAAUACCUGGAUGCCAAAACAGCCAGCAAUAUUGUGGCCAAGGCCAAGGGCAAGAAGCGGAACCAUGGAUUCAUGGAUUUGAUGAAAGAUGCUCGUAAAUAG